CAUGGCUUUGGCCCUCAGGAAUGGAUGGAGAUGGAUCCCCACGUCAGCUUGUACGUCUAAGGAUUACUGCUCCACCAGUCUGCCUCAAAGUGGCUGGAGUGCAGCGCAGCGGAGGAGCUAUGAAAGGAUUAUUAUAGGACGUUUCUAACAGCAGACUAUGGAUUUUGAUGAGCGGAUCUCCGGCUCUAAUAUGUAUUUACCGAGUUGCACUUACUACGUCUCCGGAGCAGACUUCUCGGCUCUCCCUCAUUAUUUAACCCAGAGCCAGUCCUCUCGCCCCAUGACAUACCCCUACCAGUCCUCUGCCCUGCCACAGGUCCCGUCCGUGAGAGAUGUGGCUUUCAGAGACUAUGGGAUUGAUACUUCCAGUAAAUGGCACCACAGCAGGGGGAGCCUGUCCCACUGCUACCCCGAGGACAUCGUGCACAGAGACGGCUGGACGAGCCAGAGCUCACGUGGGGGAGAGAUCCUGGUGAAAGGCGGCUCCAGCGCCAGCCACUCCAGCUCCAGCAACCCGACUCCUGGCUUCUAUGGCAGCGUUGGCAGGAACGGCGUCCUGCCACAGGCGUUCGACCAGUUCUUCGACACUGCCUACGGGAACGCAGAGAGCAGCACAACGCCGACAGCACAAGCUGCAGACUCGGACAGACACGACGCCAAAACAAGUCCCACUCAGGCUCCUCCGGGCUCGGACACGGCGGAGAGCUGCAGCCCCAAGUCUUCCUCCGGCCACUGCGAGGAGAAACAGAGCAGAAGCAGCAGUGGUCAGAGGACGCGCAAGAAGAGAUGUCCAUAUUCAAAGUAUCAGAUCCGGGAAUUGGAGAGGGAAUUCUUUUUCAGCGUUUACAUCAACAAAGAGAAGCGCAUGCAGCUCUCACGGAUGCUCAAUCUGACAGAUCGCCAGGUCAAAAUCUGGUUUCAGAACAGGAGGAUGAAGGAGAAGAAACUGAACAGAGACCGUUUACAGUACUACACCACAACCCCCCUGCUAUAAACACUGAACAAAGACUGUCACUGCCAUGCAGCCAUUCACCCAUCAUCAAGACACAUCUACACGUUACAUGACGAGAUUUUAACGUGCCAGAAUUCAUAAAGAAUUCUACUAUUUAUACACUAUUUUGUCAUUAAAUAACGGUGGAAUUAUUAUUAUUAUUAUUAUUAUUAUUAUUAUUAUUAUUAUUAUUAUU